AUGGAGCCACCGGCCCCCUUUCCCCUCGCUCGCAUGCAAAGUAUCGCCAGCAGCCUCUUCAACUCCGAGAAACACUCCGACAUGACCAUCAUUUGCAAAGAGCGCCGCUGGCAUGCUCACAAGGCCAUCGUCUGUCCGCAAUCCGACUUCUUCGACAAAGCAUGUGGCCCUGACUUCAAGGAAGGCAAGACCGGGGAAACCGUGCUGGAGGACGACUCGGAUGUCAUCGACGCGAUGCUGAAGUUCAUGUACGAGGGGCGCUACAUUCACACUCCGGUUGUCAAGUUCGCACCAGCGGUGUUCCACGUCAAAGUCGCUGCUAUCGGGGAGAAGUACUUCGUCAAUGGACUCAUUCAGCAAGCGGCCGAAUUCCUCAAAGACACUCUCGCCAAGCAGUGGCAUGCUGACGCCUUCAUGGACGCGGUGGACGAGUGGUGGACCUCUUGCACAGAUCCGGACAAGCUUCUGAGUGACCAGAUCGUGUACACGGUGGCCAUUCGUCAUGUUGAGCUCUUCGCCCCAGGCCAAGAGAGAGGACGUUUCCGCAAGUUCCUCGAUGAGAAGCCGUGGAUUGCCGCCGAGAUCGCUGCGAGGCUCGCUCGGCAGGACGCGCCGUUCAUCAAGGCUAACCUCAAAACCUACUCCUGCACCCAUGGGUGCGGUGCGAAGAUGAGGGCCAUACUGGAGGCGCCAUACUCCUUUGCCUACGAAUGUUCGAAGUGUCGGCAGCUUGCUGCUGUCCCCCGAGUGGGGAGGCGACCCUAG